AUAACUCUUGAACAGAACUAUGAAAUGGAAUGGCCUUUGGCACCCAGGGCUCUAAGAGUAUAUUCUCCAUAUUGGUUGACGAUUGCUAGAUGUCCGCCACUUACAUUUAGGCUUGUAGAUAUGUCUGCAAAAAAAGCAAAACGAAACCCUUUCAAGUCAAAAAGGACUAAUGAAGUAAUCUUAGAGGAGAUCACUGAGGAGGAAUUUCACGAAGGCUAUACCGUUGCUUCAACUCUCAACUUCAAACUGUUGGGUCUGUCUGCUUCCAUUAGCGACAAUGGGAAUGAUCAUUUUGGGGAUGUUACAGAUCUCUCUCCACUUGCUGACAUGGAUGGUUCGUUGGGUGUCUCUGCUUAUGAUGCUGACAAGAACUGCAUGCGCCUCUUCGUAUCAUCAAAAUCAACCCCUUAUGAAUCUGUUCCAACAAAGGUUGGUUACCAGUGGCUUUUUUGAAAGUUUAGUUGGUUUGUAUUUUUGUCCACAACUUAAAAUUUUCCAUUGUCAACUUUAGGUUAUGGAGUGGAUUGCUGAGUUAUUUGAAGGUGUUGGGCUUCCAUAUUGUUGGUUAUGGGUGCACCACUUGUAUCGGCAAUUCUGGUGACCUGGACA